AUGGACGCUGCGGUGGCUAGUGUUAACAUACAAAUUUUCCAUUACUAUCUUAUUGACAAUUUUGGGAAUACGGAUCAGAUGCAGAUUAUCAUUCAAUCAUUCAACGCAGAGUUAAUGAUGACCGCUGUGGUUGUUUUGAUCGUCGAACUCUUCUUUGUUGUUAGAAUAUACAAACUCAAUUCUCAAAAUUGGCUCGCUCCUGCUGUGAUUACUAUUCUAGCGCUGGGAAGUUUCGGUUCGUGUACCGCCUAUACUGUUGCGGAAAUUCGAGACGUCAAUAUCAUGGGACUUGUUAAAAAAGACAGAGUGGCAGAGAUCACAGCUUUCAACGGCUCAGCGGCCCUUGCAGAUAUCCUUAUCACAAUCGCCUUAUCUUGGAAUCUAUCUCGGAGCCGGACAGGCAUCCCUCGAACAAACAACGUAAUCCAAAAAAUGCUCACGUAUAUCAUCAACCGGGGACUGCUGGUGACCGUUACGCAGACUCUGACUCUAAUUAUGUUUAGCGUGGAACAGACGAAAUUGCACUGGAUGCCCACACACCUAAGUAUUAACAAGUUCAACUACGCAUUCUAUACAGUGGCCAUUUUAAACACUCGACCAGCCCUCCGCGAGCAGCUCAAUAGCGCUGUGACACAGAGCCUUGCGUUCAACAGCACUAGCGCCUCCUCGCAAGGACAAGUCCCCGUCGUUCGUAGCCGAGUAGUUAACGACAUGAGGGUCUCGAAUCUGAGUUUGAGAGAGCGGACGAUCGAGUUUUCGCAGGCUCAUGAUCAGUUGCAUGAGGGAAAACUUGAAGCUUCAGGAUCCGAAUUCGUGGCGACGACACUAGAAGAAUCGUAGUAUACUAUUAAGCACUCGAUGUGGUGACGGUAGCCUAAGAAAUAUGUGUCGAGCUGCCAGAUUCAAGUAAUUGAUUCACCAAAAAUCACAAUUCCCGUCUCGCUU